AUGAGAUUUCGGGUAUUUGGAUCCCUCCUGUGCUCCUUGCAUCUACCGCUUUAUCAAAGGCGCUUUAUUACCUGUUCACCCAUUCCUCCCACUCAAUCUCGGUUGAUUCGCAAAUCUCCACCUUGCGCUGCGAUUUGCGUCAUCGCUGAUGAAGUUCUUACAGGAAAGACGAUCGAUACCAACUCGCACUGGAUAUCAAAAUUCAUGUUUGAUCGGGGUAUCGACCUUAAGCGCAUCGUUGUAAUUCCUGACAACGAGGAGGUAAUCGUCUCGACGGUCAAGGAAUUGUCGCAAAUGGUUGGCCUCAAUGGAUAUGUGAUUACUACGGGAGGCAUUGGUCCUACCCAUGAUGAUAUCACGUAUCAGAGUGUGGCAAAAGCAUUUGGUCGUGGUCUUGAGUUUCAUGAAUCGACACUAAGAAAACUUGAGGCUGGUAUGGCGGAUCGCGCUCAAGAACUGACGGAGGGACGGAAGCGAAUGGCUCUACUGCCUGCUGGCUGUAAGACGCUCAGUACAGAGUUUUGGACGCCGAUUGCGGUUGUGGAGAACGUAUUCAUUCUACCUGGAAUUCCUUCUAUGGUUCGCUCUAUGCUGACGUCAAAUGAAGAGCACUUCGUUGGGGUUCCUAUCUUCCGUGCAAUCGUUAAAACACUGAAACUGGAGGGUGACCUAGCAGCUCAGCUGACCGCCGUGCAGGAUGCGCACCCGAACGUUGCGAUCGGUAGCUACGUUAACUUGACGAAGGACGAGACGGGCGUGCGCGACAUGAGCUUUAACACUCGCCUUACUAUUGAAGGACGUGACAAGACGGAGAUCGAAGAAGUUAGUGCCGAAAUUGAAAAGCUCUUCAAUAGCGAGCGCGAACUUCUUCCUGACGACUAA